UAGAAAUAGAAAACAAAAUUUGUUGUUAAUAAUGACUAGCUUUCGGGAAAUAUGUUUUAAUGACUUGUUCAAAAUAAAUUCUUUAGUAUUCGAUGCACUUACUGAGGUUUACAGCCUUAAAUUCUUUGUGAAGCAUUUGAUGGAGUUUCCAGGACUUUCUCAGAUUGCUGAGGCUCCUGAUGGCCGACGAGUGGGAUAUAUAUUCGGCGACUAUAAAGCCAAGCAAAAUGAAGAGCCACAUGGUCAUGUUUCGGUAUUGAGUGUAUCUGCCGAUUAUCGACGACUUGGUCUGGCCACUGCACUAAUGGAUUAUUUUUUUGCGAUGAGCGAUCUCGAAGGAGCUUCUUUUGUAAACCUUUUUAUGAGAGCCAGUAAUCAGGCAGCCUAUAAAUUAUAUUGCUUCUUGGGUUAUGCACAUUGCCAGACUUUGCUGGAUUACUAUCCAGAUAACCCAGAUCCAGAGAAUGCCUACGAGAUGAGAAAGUAUAUACCCCGUUCUAUGGACGUCUACUAAGCAGAACUUCCUCACAUGUGUUUUCAUUAUAAAUUUUAGUUUAUUUUCGAUUGCACAGCUAAUUAAAGAAAAUCAAUUGAGGUGGAUUUUUAACUAAA